AUGGGCGCAGCAUAUCCACAUAAACACACAUAUACUGAGUCAGGCACAAGAACACCCCCACACACACAACGACCAACACAGGAUGUCCCCCUUCGGGCCCACCCUUUUUCGUGUAAUCUAUCUAUCUAUCUAUCUAUCUAUCUAUCUAUCUAUCUAUCUAUCUAUCUAUCUAUCUAUCUAUCUCUUUUUCGUGUAAUCUAUCUAUCUAUCCCUUUUUCGUGUAAUCUAUCUAUCUAUCUAUCUAUCUAUCUAUCUAUCUAUCUAUCUACACUCUUGGGCAAAUUGAUUGAAACAACCGCUUUAGUUUGCUUUCUUUCACUAUACGGCCAAAGUUCAACUGUUUUUGUCGUUGGAAACGCGCUGAUCGAAACACAGUCUUCUUCAGGAACUUUCUCUGACAUACUUUUCAACAACGAAAACCUCAUUAUACAUAUUUUGGUGACCCCCCCCCAAAAAAAACAAAGCAAAGGUUCUAUCUAUCUAUCUAUCUAUCUAUCUAUCUAUCUAUCUAUCUAUCUAUCUAUCUCAGUUUGUUCAUCACUUUAUCUCAGUCUUUUCAUAUCUAUCUAUCUAUCUAUCUAUCUAUCUAUCUAUCUAUCUAUGUUCAUAUCUUUUUAUCUAUCUCAGUCUGUUUCUUUCCAUCUAUCUUCCUCUGAUCAUUUAUGUCUAUCUAUCUAUCUAUCUAUCUAUCUAUCUAUCUAUCUAUCUAAGUUUGUUCAUAUCUAUUUAUCUAUCGCAUUCUGUUUCUAUCUAUCUUCGUCUUAUCAUUUCUGUCAGUCUGUCUAUCUUCGUCUGAUCAUUUCUAUCUAUCUAUCUAUCUAUCUAUCUAUCUAUCUAUCUAUACAUAUGUGUGUGUGUCAGUUCUAUCUAAUUCAGUUCAAUAUCUAUCUCAUUUUAUUCAAUAUCUAUCUAUCUAUCUAUCUAUCUAUCUAUCUCGUCCUGUUCAAUAUCUAUCUAUCUCUUCCUGUUCAAUAUCUAUCUAUCUAUCUAUCUAUCUAUCUAUCUAUCUAUCUAUCUAUCUAUCUCACUCUAUUCAGAUCCAUCUAUCUGGAGAGAGAGAGAGUGGGGUGUAAUAUAGAUAAAGGCAGUUAUUUAUAG